AUGAACGCUGAAUCUCCAACGCAAUUUGAGCAAACCAUGGCCGCCUCUAGCAAAUGCUUGGAACGAGAUGUUCCCCGUCACUAUACUGCUUCAUUCGCCUUCUUCGAAAGCUUAAUGGACGCAGGAGUCACUCACUGCUUCUGCAAUUUCGGCUCCGAUCACCCCAGCAUGCUUGAGGCCAUCGUGGAGGGCCAAAAGAGUCGCAAUGACAACUUCCCCACUAUUAUUACUUGUCCCAGUGAAAUGGUAGCCAUGUCUAUGGCUGAUGGCUUUGCUCGCGUGACCGGAAAACCUCAAGCAGUCAUCGUGCAUGUUGACGUUGGCACCCAAGCGCUUGGGUGUGCCGUACACAAUGCUUCCGUAGGACGGGUGCCUCUUCUCAUCUUUGCUGGACUCUCCCCGUUCACAAUUGAGGGGGAACUUCAAGGAUCUCGCACUGAGUACAUACAAUGGUUGCAAGAUGUGCAUAACCAGCGCGCAGUCAUCGAUCAGUACUGCAGAUACACCGCGGAGAUCCGCUCAGGAGUGAACAUCAAACAAAUGGUCAAUCGGGCGUUGAGCUUUGCCACCAGUGACCCGAAAGGCCCCGUCUAUUUGUGCGCAGCCCGGGAAGUACUCGAAGCCGAGAUGGCUCCUUACAGCAUCGGCAAUCGAUACUGGAGCCCAGUUGAACCAGCUGCUCUUCAUCCUAGCUCAGUUGAAACCAUAUCAACGGCACUCGUCCACGCGGAAGAGCCACUCGUGGUCACAGGGUACUGUGGGAGAGACACGCGGGUGCCCGGCGAGCUGGUCAAACUUGCCACGAGCAUCAAGGGCCUUCGUGUAUUUGACGCAGGAGGCAGUGAAAUGUGCUUUCCAGCGAACCACCCAGCAUGGUUGGGUUGUGGUUACGCCGGGGAUGACAGCAUCAGAACCGCGGAUGUCAUCUUGGUUAUUGAUUGCGACGUCCCUUGGAUACCGAUGCGGUGCAAACCAAGAACAGAUGCCGUCGUUUUCCACGUUGAUGUUGAUCCCCUCAAGCAAAAUAUGCCUGUCUUCUACAUCGACGCUCAACAUCGAUACCAAGCGAACGCAUACGCCGCCUUGACUCAAAUCAACGAGUGCAUCCAAGAAAUGUCUCAUCUCCAGCCUACUCUGCAGUCCGCAAGAUUUUCUGAACGCUGGGAUAGGCUCCGCCAGUCCUUCGAAGGACGUCUCAGUCUCAUCGCGCUUGGAGCCAUGCCAACCCCUGAAGGCUAUUUCGAGGCACCUUACCUUGUUAAUUGUCUGCGAAAAGCUUUACCUGAGGAUACAAUAUUCGUGGUCGAAGCUGUCACAAACACGAAAGAAGUUUCAGAUCAACUCCAGCUGACGUCGCCUGGUUCUUGGUUCAACAGCGGCGGAGGUGGCUUAGGCUGGAGUGGCGGUGCUGCUCUAGGAAUCAAACUCGCCACCGAAUUCACCGGAGAGAAGAAGUUCGUUUGUCAGAUCGUCGGCGAUGGCUCAUAUCUAUUCUCAUUCCCGGCGUCUGUCUACUGGAUUGCUGCCCGGUACAACAUUCCCGUGCUGACGGUUGUUCUCAACAAUAAUGGCUGGAACGCCCCAAGGAACUCGCUUCUUUACACUCGCCCAGACGCGCCAGCCCUCAAUCUUCCCAAAGAAGCACUCAAUAUCAGCUUCACACCCGCCCCUGACUACGCGGGUAUCGCCCGUGCUGCUGGGUUCGGCGAAAUCGGGAGUUUCAGAGCUUCUAGAGCUGACGAGCUAGGGGAUCAAUUGAAAAAAGCUGUCACAUUUGUACUCGGAGGUCGUUCGGCGGUCUUCGACGCACAACUGAAUGGGCCGGAUGGGAAGUUUGCGGGAACAGAAAGGUAG